UGAGACGGUGUUUUGAUUAUUUCACAUUUCGCUAAUCUGGUCACUGCGCUGGUUCAAGUCGCACCAGUCCCACAGUCAGCGUCCUGAGCCAGACUGAUGGUACACAGCAACACAUUCUCUUUUGGCUCGUCCCUUUGUGGAUUUACUCAUUUAGACAGUCUUGCAAUGUAAAGUUACAUUAGAUCUGUUACUAUAGCCUGUAGGACGUGUGUCGGCCUCUCCUCAAGGGUCAUAGUGCAGAGAUGGCGCCUCAUCAGUCACAUCUCAACAAUGUCCUGGUGGAGUCCUUGGAGUCGUCUGUCAACUGUUGUGAUGGCCACGACAAGCAAUCAAGCACCUUGCUGGCAACUAAAGCAGUAGAGCUUCCAUCUCAAUGGUAUAUUCCUGCCAGGUAUGUGCUGGCCCUGUGGUCAUUCCUCGGCUUCAUCAACAUGUUUACAUUGAGAAUGGACCUAAACAUAGCCAUCCUGGCCAUGGUGGACAACUCCAAUGCUACUAUGCAGGUCAUGCAUGUCCCAAUCACUACAGCUGCCACACUCAUCAAUAAUCAAUCCUCAAAAUUCCACUGGUCAGAAAGUGACCAAGAUAUAUUGCUGGGCUCCUUCUUCUAUGGAUACUGCAGCACGCAGAUUCUAGGGGGUUACUUGUCCAGCAAGAUAGGGCCCAAAAUUAUACUAGGUGUUGGCAUAAUGAUCAACUCUUUUUUGUCUUUGGUGACACCCCUAGCAGCCCUUAAGAGCUACUAUCUGAUUGUGGUCAUCAGGGUACUACAAGGGCUUGCUCAGGGUCUGGCUCAGCCCUGUAUGCACACAAUGUGGUCCAAGUGGGCUCCAGACAGUGAGAAAAGCUGGCUAAUGACCAUAACUUACUCAGGUUGUCAGGUUGGUACUGUCAUCGCUACCUGGGCUACUGGUUACAUAGCAGACAGUGCUGUUCUGGAUGGCUGGCCAUUAGUUUUUUAUGUCUUUGGUGGCUGUGGCAUGAUUUGGUCUUUUGGGUGGCUUCUGUUGGUUCAUGACACCCCUGGCAAACACCCAAGAAUCUCUCAGAAGGAGUUGGAAUACAUUACGAGCAAUAUCUUGAUUCCAGGAAGUCAUAUAUCAGUCAAGCCAAGGUUGUGCAAGAUAUUAAGGACUCCAGCCCUGAUGGCCAUUGUAGCUGCCCAUUUUGCCAAUGACUGGGGAUGCUUUGCCUUGACUGUCUGUCUGCCUAGCUAUCUACACCGUGUGUUAAACUAUCACAUCAGACAGAAUGGAUUUUUGUCAUCACUUCCAUUUAUAGUUCUUGUUGUCACAAAUCCACUGUCUGGAUAUUUAGCUGACAUGUUGAGGGGAAGGAACAUACUAAGUACCAAAAAUACAAGAAAGCUUGUGAAUUCCAUUGGUUUGUUUAUACCGUCUGCCCUUAUGUUCAGUGUAUGUUAUGUUGAUAGUGACAGAAAUUUGAUUGUAGCCUUGCUGACCAUGGCAGUCGGUUUCAGUGGAUUCACUAUGGCAGGUUAUAGUGUCAACCACCUUGACAUAGCCCCAACAUUUGCAGGUGUGUUAUAUGGUCUGACCAACACAAUAGGUACCACAACAGGUUUCAUUGGUCCAGCAAUUUUAGCUUCUUUAACUGGCGAAGUUAACAACAAGCAUCACUGGAUUAUAUUUUUCUACAUCACAUCUGGAAUAUUUUUCUUUGGUGGACUUGUAUUUCUGCUUUUAGCUGAAGGGGAACCACAGAACUGGGGAGAUUUUCAAAGGUCUAGAUCUGUGUCUUAUAAUUCAAACUACUCCAAGGAAGUGGAGCAUAUACAGCCUCCCAAAGUAGAUAUUUCAUCUGAUGAUGAUUUUCUUGUGCCACCUCAGAAUGUACAUUCUGAUAACAGUAUUCAGAGCCCAGAAACUUCAGAAGACCUAGAGAAUUCAGAGUUGGAAGCUCUCAUAGAUCACAGGCGACAACGCAGGACUGAAAAUGUCAAAUCAUUUUUGCACAUGAUGUAUUCCUUUUAGCCUCAUUGUUUAUUUUCUCACUUUUGACAUUAUGAUGAAAACAAAAAUAUCUACAGACUUUGAGUCUAUCAGCUUAGAACAAGCUUGUGAUGUUCCAAAGAUAAGAUUGUGAUGUUCCAAAGAUAAGAUUGUGAUAGUCCAAAGAUUUAAUUGUGAUGGUCCAAAGAUAUAAUUGUGAUGGUCCAAAGAUAUAAUUGUGAUGGUCCAAAGAUAUGAUUGUGAUGGUCCAAAGAUAUGAUUGUGAUGUUCCAAAGAUAAGCUUGUGAUUUUUCCUCUCAUUAUUUAUAAAAUGAAUAAUAAAGAAGGAAAGGUCACACAACUUUAAAUUCAUAUGGUUGAUACUAAAAUGCAAGUGACCAUAUUACUCUACUUGGUCUGCACUAAAAAAAAAAAAGACUAACUUUUUUUGCAUGAUGGAGAAAUAUCCUCAAAGGAAUUACAUCAUUUCAACUUAAUGAAAGGCUGUCAUGGAUUUUAAAAUAUAACUGGAUAAUUGCUUGUGUUCAGGCCAAUCAUCAUUCUCAAACUAUUAAUUGAAAUGUACAAAGAAAACACUUAUGGCUUCUUUCAGAAGUGUUCAAUUACAUGUUAACAAUCAUUGCUGACUUUUUUCUUGAAGAACAGCUUCAACAGCACUUGAAGGACAGCUUCAACUUCUGGUUUAUGAGAACAAAAUUGAGCAUGACCCUUGAAGAAUGGUUUCAAAUAGUGCAAACUUUAGUUUUGUGUCUAAGAGACACAUCAAAAGACUGCAGGCACGGUGUGAAAUUACUCUUAGUAUGUAUUUAGACAUUUAGAUUAUAUUUAGAAACAUUGAAGAUGUUUAAGAAUAGUUUUAAUUUUUAAUAAAAAUAUACUCUACUCUGUUAAAUGAAAUGUUUCAUGAUAUUCAAAUAUAGUAUAACAUUAUUUUAAACAAAAUUUCUGUAUGCAUUUCAAGAGAGUAAAUAUGAAAAUGGCUGGGCCACUAACAGUACAAAUAUUUAGUGUAAGAUAUUGUUCUAUUGUUUUGUAAAACUGUAUAUUGUGUAAUGUAUAUAUUAAUGUUAACCUGUAUAAUUUGAAUAUAUUUACUAAAGCAUCCAUUAUUUCUGGAUACUUUACAAUUAUUAGUAUAUGCUGGUAUUGUUAUAACCUUCAUAUCUUUGUCUUUAGAUGUCAAGUUUGCUGUUCUUCAGUUGAAGAUGCCUUAAUGUUCUGACAAAAUGUACAUAAUUUUGUAAAAGCAUUUUUUUAAACACACAUAAGCAUACUGAGUACACAGUACACAAAUCUUAUUAUUUGACCCUACUUAGAUAAAAUUACACCUAGGCUGAUAUAUUAUAGCUUAGGUGUAUUAAGUCUUCAGACUCCAUUGGUUAUUUCUGUAUUUAUCUGACAAUUUGCAAAAAUUGUACAUUUAUUUCGUGAAUCUCAAUGUAAUUUUGGACUUUAAAUUUUGUAAAAAGAAAUGCUUGGUGGUUGUGCUGACCUCAUGGUCUUGUUAGUCUCAGAGACAUGACUCAAAAACCACUUCUAGUUUUAACUAAUUAAUAAACAAAUAUGAAAUGUUAUUCAAUGUUGUCAAUGAAUUUAAUUCUAAAAUAAAUGUCUUUCAUUCAAAUGUUUAUUGUCUGCCUAAUGGCUUUCAUUAUUUUCAUGUUUUGAGUAAAAGAAUAAAAGAAUUAACCCCCCCCCCCCCCAUAUAUAUUUGUGUUUAUCAACACUUGCAUUUAUUCUGAUUUGUGGGCUAAGUACGCUUGAACUUGGCUUGGUUUGGCUACCUAUGAAGGGGGCUCGAGGUUCGACACUCAACUCGGACAGAGUUGUGUUAAAUGAGUGCCUAAAGGUCUCACGGAAAACCUUCUCCCAGAUACCCCCACUGGUCCACAAAUGAGAUUGGACCAUAGCGCUCUGAGCAUGCUAUAAGCAUGAAAGUAGUGCUAUAUAUAAAAGCUAUACAUUUUGUUUUAAACUGUAAGCUCACAGAAGCCUAAAUAUUGUAUUGUUUCAUUCAUUGGAUUUACUCACAUAUAAAUUUUAAACAGCAUUCCAUCAUGCAAAAUCCAUCUCUUGAAUACUACAUUGUUUCAAAUUGAAAAUGAAUGCAGCUAGAUGUUAUAUUCAAUUUCAAUAACGCCGAUUUUCGAAAAAAAAAAAGAAAAUUUAUUAGUGGUAAAAACACAAGUCUUCAAGUUUAUUGAAGUAUUUUAAACUAGAUACAGAGAAUGUGGAGCUCAAAAUUCCAUUCUAUCAUUGUUACAAAAUUUGCUACCAGGAUUCAAACUGCAAAUCUUUGUCUUGUUACUGUUGGACUUAUUAACUAAUGGUAAUUCUUAUCUGAGCACAAUCUUAAAAUUAUUUCCUUGGGUAUGAAACAUUUAAAUCAUUAAGUAAAUGUAUUACCAUUCUAUUUAUAUAUAUUUAUGUACAUAUUAGUGAUUAAAAACUUGUGCAAUGUCAUAAUAUUUCAUCUUUGUCUCCCUAGUUAAAUGUUUAAGCAAUUUUUAUUGGGCUGCUCCAAUAUUUGUUUUUCUUCCCUGGUUAUCCAUAUUUAUGAAAAUGCUGCUUUGGGCUUGUAAGUAAAAAGUUUCUCUGAGACAGAAUAAUGUCCAGGCUUAAACUGUGAGAAAGACAAAGAAUACUUAAAGGGAAGGAAGCCACAGUCUAACCAGUUAUAAAAUUGUAAAAAUACUUUUAAAUCUUAAAUUAAAAAAAAUACUUUGUUGGCAUUACUACUGUUAAUGUUGUACUGUAAUGUAAUUAUCAAUUUGUUAAUGUGCCAUGGUUGUAUAUAGAUAUCCAAAAUAUUAAAAUCAAUCUGAUCAUUUG